CAUGCUUGGUGAAUGCCGACCGUAAUUCCACCACUCUUAACCCCUACAGCUGGAACAAUCUUAGCAACAGUAUUGAUCUACAUCGACCAGCCAAUCGGAACAGGGUUUUCUUACGGUACCGAUACAGUAAACAGCACGAAAGCCACUGCGCCCUUUGUAUGGACUGCAUUUCAGGUUUUGUUUGAAAGUCAGCUAUUUUCGAAGUAUGCCAGUCGAGAGUUCAUCUUUGCCACAGAGAGCUAUGGUGGUCACUACGGACCCAGCUUUGUAACUUACUUUGAAGAGCAAAACACCUUGAUCGCUAGUGGGGAGAUUGAUGCUGUUCCGAUUGUUGUCAGCACCCUGAUGAUUAACAAGCAAGUCGCUUUCUUGACUUACUGAUACUCCGUUGAAUGAGAAUUCACCAGUGGCUGGUAUGAUCCGCUCAU